AUGCAGCCAAUACAGUAUACUCGUGAUGAUCGUUUCAGGAUCAACGCCGAAUUGUUUGAACUGUCACCAGAUGGCACAAAAUGGUUGAUGGUUGACGGUCGGAUGAUGUACAUCUCAGUCUAUCGUAAUGAGGCGGAUCGUGUUCGGAUAGCUGCAGUUUCGCAGACAGGCAGAACAAUGCUCGACACGGUGCUUGGCAAAGAUAACUUUUCGGUUCGGAAAAAUGAAAUGACAACUCCACCAACUCCGCCAGCGCUGGAUAUUCCCAGUAGUUUUGUGGAGAAUCAAAAAGUGGAGAAGAUCAGCGAUUGUUUUGUGUAUUGGCGGGAUGCAGAUGGACGAACCUUGGGAGUCAAUACAUUAUCAGCCAAAGAUGCCACACUGUUUCUCACUCAUACGGCUCCAUCAACGACUCCGAUUACCACAAUGGUCCAGCAUAAUGUGAUCGCUCAGGUGACCGUAAUCGGAUCAUGGGACGGUGAACGAGUUCAGCAACAGGCCUCAAUCAACCCACUGAGUAUGGUGUUUCAUUUCAAUCAUGGCUUGAUCAAUAUCGAUUUGGUGGGUUCUCUUUAA